AUGGAUGGGACACAUGAAGAAAGAGGGGCUCACAGGAAGAAGAAGACACAGAAGGCGCUGAUGCACCUCCGGAUAGAGACGGGCUUUCUGCCUGCUGUGUCAUUCAUCAUUGGUACAGUGGUGGGCAGUGGGAUCUUUACCGCACCCAAGGGAGUCCUGAUGAACAGUAGCAGCGUGGGGCUCUCACUGCUUGUCUGGAAACCAGAGCGCAGACAUCAUUGCUCACUGUGUUUCAUCGUCUGUCUCUCUGCAGUGUGUGGCCAGGCUGUGUUAAACACCAGGAUCGUUGGAGGACAGAGCGCCCCUCCAGGCAGCUGGCCCUGGCAAGUCGGUCUGGUCAGAAAUGGGUCCUUCUUCUGUGGAGGGUCUCUCAUUAACCGUAAAUGGGUGAUGACCGCUGCUCAGUGCCUCCCAAGGUGUAUGGAUGUGCCCCUACUGACCACAGUCCUGCUUUUACAUGUCUUUCCACUUUUUGUUUCUCCUUUUUACCUCAGCAAUGACACAAGCAAUCUGUUAGUGCUCAUGGGCCGCCAGAGUUUAGCAACAUCAAGCCCCAGUGAGGUGUUUCGGACGGUAACGCAGAUCAUCAAUCACCCCAACUUCAACCCUGCUACGCUGGAUAACGACAUCGCCCUGGUGCGGCUGUCCUCACCGGUGAAUUUCACCACCCAUGUGCUGCCCAUCUGCCUGGCAGCCUCAGACAGCACCUUCUACAAUGGCACCGACGCCUGGGUCACCGGCUGGGGCAACGUUGGAAGUGGAGUGGCCCCUCCUGUCCCAUACGACCUCAGGGAGGUUGAUGUGCCGGUUGUAGGGAACAGACAGUGUAACUGUGACUACGGAGUGGGUACGAUCACAGACAACAUGAUGUGUGCUGGGUCACCUGCUGGAGGGAAGGGCACCUGUCAGAUUCUCUCCUUGAAGGGCGACGGAGGAGGUCCGCUAGUGAGCAAGCAGGGCGGUCGCUGGAUCCAGGGGGGAAUUGUGAGUUUUGGAAUCGGUUGUUCCCUGCCGAAUUUUCCAGGAGUCUACACCAGAGUGUCCCAGUACCAGUCCUGGAUCAGCAGCCAAGUCUCUAGUGACCAACCGGGAUUUGUCACCUUCAUGUCUGGUGGGACCGAUGGUGACCUCAACGUCACCUGUCCGAGCCUGCCGCCACCUGUAGCCCUCCCUCCACUGCCCGCAGCCACGCUGUGUGGCCAGGCUGGCUACAACACCAGGAUUGUUGGGGGACAGAGUGCCGCUCCAGGCAGCUGGCCCUGGCAGAUCGGCGUGUUCAAAAAUGGCUUCCUCUUGUGUGGAGGAUCCCUCAUUACCAGUGAAUGGUUUGUGACGGCUGCUCAGUGCUUCCCAAGGUAAACACAAUCUCUAAAGCAGUGGUUCCCAAUCUGGGGGUGGCAGAUGGUAAAAGACAGGACCAGAGUUGUCAAGUGAAUGGGGAACUGGAGGAAAUGGUGGGGGAGUGCAAGGCCCAUCUGGUAAACUCAAACCCACAUGAGGCGCCUUUGACUAGAAGUUUCCAGGCCACAUCCCGGCAGGA